AUGUUCGACGAUCUUCCGUCUAGCAUUAGCCUGACGCUGGAAGAUAUAAUGACCUUUCCGGACGAUGACUUUUCGUCUCAGGUCGACUUGGCCAAAGCACUCGAACAAACGGAUCAGUCAACCGCGAAUGCGAUGGCCCUGGGACUUCUGCUGUCUCACUCAUCGUCUUCGCCUUCUCCCAAGGCUACCAAGCGUGUAACCCCUCAAAAGCGCAAGCAGCGAGAAGAGGCUCUCUCAUUUCAGGAAUCCCUGCUCCAGGAAGCUGUGGCACGUGCCACUAUGGACGCUCUAAAGGCGGUUGACGGUACUCCUCGCAAGCGCAGGCGGGGAGAAGCCCUUACCGUAGAGCAGUCUACAUUUCGGGAAGCUGUUGCGCGCGCCGCUCUUAAUGUUCUGAAAGUGGUCGACGACGUGCCUCACGUUACAGUCCCUUCGCAAAAUGUACAGGGCUGGGCACCUGCAGACGGGAAUGUGUAUGUCAUCCUGGAUCCUACGAACAUACAGGGAUCGUCAGCGUCUGGCCCGUCCACUACAAUAGCGCAGCGUUUCCAUGAUACCGCGAUGAACAAUUGUGCCUCCGUCGUGGCUGGAGGCCCUGCUCUUGGGGCCACAAUCACCGUUUCCACGAGCUCCACCAUGCUUCCCAGUGCACUUAGCGGUGAUUGGCAGGUCGCCGUGAAGGAGACGAUGAUCCGCGCCGUCGAACAGCCCAACCAGCUCCCUCCACCUGUUAACAGCACGGCAUACAGCCCCCCGGCGCGUCUUUACAGCCAUCUGCCCGUACCGGUUUCAGCCCCGCUGUCAACGCAGCAUCUCGCUGCACUUGUCAGCGCCAGCACGAACGGAGCUCCGCUAAACGCGCAGUAUCAGCACAAUCCUGUACUCCCCGUCAAGGGCCAGCGGGCGCCCCCGCCCCCGCCGAAAGGCGGUAUUUCUCCUGCGUUGGCUCGCACCAUCACCAACAUACGCAUGGCGCGCGAGCGCGCACAGCAGCACGUCGCGAGGGAGCAUGCAGCCCAGGCUGCAUCUGUGCGGCAGCCAAGCGUCCUGGCCAGCUGGCCUCAAGGUGUCUCGGCUCCUACUAUGGACAACCUGCAGCUGGGUGGCCAGGGCACCGUGUUAGGGGAACUCGCCACUAGGGAUGGACAUGUCAGGCCUGUGCCCAUGAUCAACUCCAAGUAUCAGAAGCACAGCAAGAAGGAAAAUGCCCCGAAGCAAGCGAUCAAGGAGGCGUCGAAGAAGGCAAAACGAGAAAAGCUUGAUCCUGCGAAUCACAAGACUGUACUAGACAUCCAGGAUGAAGCUCGCAAGCAGUCAGAAAAGAGCAGCCACUCGAAUAAGAAAGGCAAAGGCAAGCAAAAAGUCGCCAUGCCCGAGUCAGACGAGGACGACGAUGGCAUUGACCUCGAUGUGGAUGUCGACAUGCAAGACGGGGGGUCUGAUGAUGAUGAAGACGACCGGGCACGGCCCUCCGAGCCUGCGCUGGUGCCCAUGGACGCGUCGAGUGGCAUUCAAGCAUUGCGUGACAAGCUGCAUGCGCGGAUGGCCCAGUUGAAGCGAGGAGGAAAGGGCUACGAGAACGGCGAAGCAGGGAGCAGGGACGAACUGCUGGAGGAGCGGAGGCAGCAGCGUGCGGCGAUGCGGGAACGGAGACGCAAGGAGACAAGAGAGAAAAUCAGGCGAGAGGAAGAAACUAAGGGCAAGGGCAGGAAUAAAGAGAAGGACAAUAACCGAGACAAGGGGCCGUCCACGAAGGCGAGAUUCCUUACUACGCAACUACUCGUUCCCGAUUCAAAUAGGCCAGGCCCGUCGAACGGGCCUAGCAGUUCGUACACGAAUGUUGCGUUUUCUGCACUCGCGGGCUCAUCGAGCAGCAAGAAGGGACAGCAUCUGAAGACCGCGUCGAAUCCCACCCAGGCUCUCCAGCAACUACAAAUACGCAAGGAAAAGGUGGCGGCCAUGCCGGAGGAGAAGCGAAAGACUCUAGAAGAAAAGCAGAAGUGGGAGAAAGCGGAAGCGCGGAUGGAGGGUGUGAAGGUGCAUGAUGACGAGAGCAGACUCAAGAAAGCUGUUAAAAGGAAGGAGAAAGAGAAGACAAAGAGCAAAAAGACCUGGGAUGAGCGGAAGGAGCAGCUGCAUACAUCCAUGGUGGCAAAGCAAAAGAAGCGAGCGGACAACAUUGCCAUGCGCAACGAGAGGAGAAACGACAAGCGCAAAGGUGUCAAGACGAAGAACAAGGCACGUCCCGGCUUUGAAGGUAAAUCCUUCGGGAAAGGAAAAGGGAAAGCACCUGCCAAAGGCAAAAAGUGA